AUGAUAUUUGCUGUCAACGAUGUUGUGACGCCUGUCUGGAAAGACUAUGUUACGCCUGCGUUGCAAUCCGGGAAGCUCCAGUGCCUCCCACCCCCAUUCAUCGUCGGCAAAGGGUUGGAGCAUAUCCAAUCUGCAUUAGAAAAGUCCAAGACGGGUAUCAGUGCCACGAAGCUGGUGGUCGAACUGUAG